GUAAAAUAAAGUGCUUUUCAAAUCAAUGAAAUUAAAUGGUUUAUACAAACAACAAGAAUGCCUGAUCAAGUCCUUAUCAAUCUAUUUGAUCAAGAUAUGUAAGGAACAGAGUCUUUAGUACUUGCAAUAGCUACACCUUAUGAUCAACUUCCCACUGUGAU